AUGUGGGGACCUGGCUUUAACGUGUCUCGGGAGCUGCUGUUGGCCAUCCGGCAGAGCAACCAGCAGAGAGUGCUCCACCUCGUGGAGGGCCUUGUGGGAGCCCUGCGCCAACAACGCGAGGCAUCACAGGCGAAGGCGACGGGCGGGCAUGCAGAGACGUUGGGCACCUCCUGCUGGGAUUUUGCAUGUGCUGUUCAACGCUUGUCACGGCUUCCGCUGGGGGAGCAUCAGACGGACUUCUGGGUAGAGGUGACUCACGUCAUACGCCAGAACCAGUCCAGUCUGCAGCCGCGUGAGCUUGCACUGUUUUGCAACGCCUUGGCAGCAUCACCAUCAGUGGAAGCCGCGCAGCUCCUUCUCCAUCGGGCACUUGAACUCCAAACUGAGCUGAAUGCCAGGGACUUCCAGAUGGUACUGCAUGGGCUUUCGGGCUGCGUUCCCUCGACUGGUGCACAUCCAGGCUUUCCGGACUCAGCAUCUGUGGCAAGCCUUGCAAAGGCUGUGCGAAAGGUUCAGUUGGAGAAAGACCGUCCUCUUCAAGCUGCACAGCUGCUGGCGGCCUUCGUCAGGUUGCGUCACGACAGCGACGCCGUGCUCUCCAAGCACAUGUUCGACCAUGCGCUGGACACACUUCCCCAAUGGGAUGCGCAGUCUUUGACGCUCCUCUGCACUGCCAUUGCAGGGAGCCGUCGUGCCGCGCGUGCUGCUGUUGAAUUGGCUGAAGGAUCGGAGGAAGCUUGGCAGAGGAUUGUUUUGAGGUUGGUCGAGCUCUUGCCCAAGGCCGCGCCCUGGCAGCUGGCGUCUCUGGCCCGUGCUCUUAUGAAGGUGGGUGCCUCCCGCACGAGCGUUGGACCCUUCUAUGAGGCGCUGGAACAGCUGCUGACAUCAUCAAACCGAUCGGACUUGUUUUCGCCUACUGACUUGACCUUCGUGGUCAAUGGCUUAGCCCAGCACAGAUGCCCACAGCUCCAAAGACUUGAUGCUGAAACUUUGCACUUGGACAAGUCCGUGCCUAUGACAUCUUGGGAAUUCGAAGAGUACGUGGGGCGCAAGCUGCAUGGUUUCAACUCCUCGGAGCUUGCAGUGAUCCUUCAUGCCACCAUGCGUCUGAGACGCGGUGGCGCGGAUUUCUUUGACAUGUUGGGGGCGAAGCUCGUGGCCAAAGAUCUGACGGGCACGCAACUGGCCCACACCUUCAGUGCAUCGGCGGCGGCUGCGGUCUUCUUGGUGGACCUUGCCAGGCCGAUGCGUUUGCUGCGGCCGGUGCUACCAACAUGUGCCCUGCUGGCCCCUUCGCUCACUCCAUGGCAGCUUGCCUAUAUCGCACAAGCCUUGGAUGUUCUGGCUGCUUUACGGCAGAGAGGUCUCCGUGGGCCCUACCUCUGGCUGCACCAGAACCAGGCAUCCUCGCUGGUGGAAGCUCUUUGCGCUCGUGCUGAGAAGGUGGUGGAGGAUGAGGCGAAAUACCAGCAGAUAUGUGAGAUGCUCCGCAGGAGUGACAUGAUCUGUUGUUGUUGGGUGGCUUGGCUCGAGAUGGGCGGUUCUUAUCGCGUGCUGUCAGCAGACCCGGCUCAGCUGGCAAUCAGCACUGUGAGCCAGGCGAGCUUCGACCACAAGUACUUCGACAAGUUCAAGGGACUUUCGGCCACUUUGGACAAUGAAACGAAUCAGAUCGUCCUGAUGAAUUCCAUCGAGGAGGAGCGUGCAGUGUCCUGGGCCCGGCUCGCUGAUCGCCUGAGCGAAACUGGUUGGAUGGAACUGCAUGUCAACACGCCGAAAGGCGCCUUUUUCUCCAAUGACUUGAAGAUGUACGGCGCAGGGAUUGUGGAGGGCUUCCUCACGGCGGAACGCAUGUCUCAGUUUUACAGCAACUUCUAUCCGUUGUUGCAGCCUAACGAGGAUUCUGCGUUGGCCAUGAUGAAUAUCAGGAACUCUUUCAAUCAACAGAUUCAGCACAUCAUGCACGUGUGCCAAUUGUCGGCGGGCACGAGCGAGGGCGAGCCGGCUGAUCCUUAUUGGAAGCAUGUCCGCUACCUUUUCCUCCAGCUGUGGGGCUUGAAGGAUGCUUACAACCUGAUUGCGCAAGAGAAGGGUGUUCGGCAGAUUGACAUGGUUGAUCUUCUGUUCAUCAAUUCCCAUGCCGAGCUUCCAGAGCUCAUCCAGGCAUUUCGGCCUGAGGCAGUCGCAGAAAGAAGUGGUGCUCCAAGCGCGGAAUCAGCUCCGGCAGCUCUGCAAAACACUCCGCCAGGGUCCCUGCUAGAAGCCCAGGCGACGCAGGCUGAUGCUUCCUCAGUUGAUACUGAGUGGAAACUCCGGUUGGCCAAGCAUGGUCACUGCACUGCGCUAGUGCGGCUUGCACCAGCCAACGCUGACCUUUUCGUUGGGCACACAACAUGGAGCGACUACAGCAAAAUGACACGAGUGUACAAGUACUAUCGCUUUGAUUUACCUCUGUCCUUUCAGUCGCAUGAGCUUAUUGGUUUCAGUUCUUAUCCCGGGUGCGUCAGCAGCACCGAUGACUUCUACAUGAUGGACAACGGCCUUGCGGUAAUGGACACGACGCUGGAGGUCCUAAACCCCAAGUUAUACAGCCGGGUCAUGGACGACCCCAAGCGUCCAAGGUUACCAAAGUUCUUGCAUGUCAUGGCCGUGAAUCGCGUGGCCAAGACAGGCACGCAGUGGACUUCGAUGUUGGCCGAGGAAAACACAGGCACAGGAAACUCGCAGUGGAUUGUUGUGGACUACAACAGGUUUACUCCAGGACAGCCUUUGCAACGAAAUGCCAUCCGAAUUCUGGAGCAAGUUCCGGGCAUGACGCAUCAGGCAGACAUUACCUCGGAGCUCACUUCACGCGGGUACUGGGGGUCGUUCAACCGUCCCUUUUUUGAGGACAUCAGGGAGAUGUCUGGGCACAAGACAGCCGAGGAGUCAUACGGCAAGCUGUUCUCCUUUGAAGAUUCACCUCGCGCCUCAUUGCUCCACCGAUUUGGAGCAGGAGUGAGUAAACUGGGCGAUAUGCGGACGACAAUGACUCGCAACGAUCCCAAGGAUGCAGUCCCGGGAUUUCCCGCUGGACCAGGGCACGCAAUAAUGGCCCGUCUAGAUUUGGAUGCGAUGGUGAACAACAUUCCGAAUGGAGGAAUCGAUGCAAAGGUUACAAGUGCUUGCUUGAUCAAGCGGAUGGCCUGCCAGGCCAUGAGUGGACCGUCGCAUGGAGGUUACCCUGCCUUCAGAUGGACGAGUCAGGCCAGUGGCACAUCGCCGUCAGUUGAAUUAUUCCAGGGCUGGCCACACUUGGGAUUACCGGACGUUUGGGAUUUCGACUUUGUCGAAAUGAAGUCUGAGGAGGACCAGAAGGCAAGCUCCCAGCUGAGUGACAGCUGCUGA